UGGUGUGAAAGAGGAGGGACUUGAUACUUCAGUUUGCGCUUCACUGUGGAAACCGAAGGGCGAACGCGCUCGGCUCUAUCGGACGAACCGUUGAGCCACGGAACGCCGCGCGUGUCCAGUUUGCGCUGACAUUACCGUCACACGUUAAACUCCCGCAACUGUGUUUACCGCCGACAGCGGACGUUCAGUAAACCCGGUGAAGCCCAGAAGUUGUCCGUUUCUUUCCAAGCGCCACUCUUCCAUGCGAGGAUGUGAAUUUCCACGCGAGGAUCCAGAGUCGUGCCAUGGUUUUGACCCGCGCGCUCCUCACAGAAAUGGGUCGCUCCGCAUCUACGGGUACAUGAAUCUGAGUUCCAGCGGCCAGAUGCCUGAGAUGGAAGAAGUAGAUACCAAUGAGAGCAACGGGUUGGCGAAGAGGAUUGCUCUCAUCAGCUUCCUGUCACUGGUCAUGCUCAUGAGCGUCCUGGGAAACCUGCUGGUUAUGGUGGCCGUCUGCAAGGACCGGCAGCUCAGGAAAAUCAAAACCAACUACUUCAUCGUCUCGCUGGCGUUUGCUGACCUGCUGGUGUCAGUGCUGGUGAUGCCGUUUGGUGCCAUAGAAUUGAUCCAUCAGAACUGGAUCUACGGUGAGACCUUCUGCCUGGUCCGCACCUCUCUGGACGUGCUGCUGACCACUGCCUCCAUCCUACACCUGUGCUGCAUAUCCCUCGACAGGUACUAUGCCAUCUGUUGCAAGCCGCUGGUUUACAGCAAUAAGAUGACACCGCUGAGAGUGGCUCUAAUGAUCGGAGGAUGCUGGAUAAUCCCAACCGUUAUUUCCUUCCUACCCAUAAUGCAAGGCUGGAACAGUAUUGGAAUAGAUGAUUUGAUAGAGAAGCGGAAGUUCUCUGGAAACUCCACGGUGUGUGUGUUUAUGGUGAAUAAGCCGUAUGCGCUGACCUGCUCAGUCGUGGCCUUCUACGUACCGCUGAUCCUGAUGGUGCUGGCGUACCAGCGCAUCUACAUCACGGCGCGGGAACAUGCGCGACAGAUCAGCAUGCUGCAGCGCGCCGGAGGAGCGGGGAAUGCGGAUAGCGCGGACCACCAACGAAACCACCGCAUGCGCACCGAGACCAAGGCGGCUAAGACUCUGUGCAUCAUCAUGGGCUGCUUCUGUCUGUGCUGGGCCCCUUUCUUCAUCACGAAUGUGGUGGACCCCUUCAUAGACUACAGUGUUCCUGAGCAGCUGUGGGCGGCCUGCCUCUGGCUGGGCUACAUCAACUCCAUGCUCAACCCCAUCCUUUACGCCUUCCUCAACAAGUCCUUUCGCCGUGCCUUCCUCAUCAUCCUCUGCUGCGGACACAAGCGCUACCGCCGACCUUCCAUCCUGGGCCCUGUACCGACCUGCACGGCCACGCAGAUCAACGGCUCGACACACGUCCUGAAGUAUUCAGUUCUACACAAUGGAAAGCACAGUGAACAGGAGAAACUGUCGAUACAGAACGACACAGAGUCCCAGGAGUCAUGUUUCUGACACAGGCCAGGCUCUAAUGAGGAGCAUGACUGGAAGAGGAUAUUUCUCAGCGCCCUGCCUGCAGCUCAGACCCGACCAGAGCCUUUCAGGAGUCGAGGACAGGGAGCUGGACUGAACUGUUUGCUCAAAGAGCUGCUGAACAAUGAGGGAAAGAACAAUGUUGCCAAAGGUAUCUGGUCUGUAUUUUAGGAUACGAAUUUCGAUUGCAAAGGAGUGUUGGUAAGGGUUUUCCCAAUGUGUUUGUUUCCUUUUUGGUUCUCCUGGGAAUACGACUUCCAAACCAAAAACAUGUCUUUCAAGCUUUAUCCAGAGUGGCUUCUAUUAGCUCUACAGGGAGGAUAACACUUCCUGAAAUAUACGGCACGAAGGCUGAAUAGCUAAGAUGACUCUCUAUUAAAGAAAAUAUUUUUUUUUUAUAUAAAUGAAAAAGUAAAUUCACAAAUUCACACCACAGUAUUAAAAAGUAGAGCUGGGAGCAUUGCUGAGCGAUUUCUCAAAUUUUUUAUUCUUUUUAUUUUAUUUUAUUUUUUAUUAUUAUUAUUAUUGUUUCAUCAAUGAAUUCUAAAAUCAACAGUUAUAAUAUAGCAUUGUCACAUGAAUUUAAAGUGUUAAAGACAACAGGCCUUUCCUUGUUUCCAAGACUAUUCCAGAAUCUAUUUGCACAUUUAUUUAAGUGCAACACAAGUAAUGUUGCAGAAUAUUUCUAUUAAAACAGCCUAAAUAACAAAUUUAUAGAAGCCUGCUUCUGC